UUUCAUGGAACAAGAGCAUAUCUUAUAGACAAAAGUCUUAUACCAUUAGUUUUGUUAUGGUUAGACCCAGUUGUUGGAUAUAACUUCAUAACUUAUGGUUCAUUCGACUCAGAACGUUGCAGUGAAGGCUUACUUUACAUCGUUCAGAAACCGAAGGACUUCAAUACAAAGAGAUAUAAGAUAGGAAGAACAUAUAAUAUAACUCAAAGAUAUGACAGUACAGUCAAUAGAGUCAAGGUUGUGUUCGUUAAUGAUAUGAGAGCUGCUGAAACAGAACUGCUUGAAGUUUUUGAGAAAAUAUAUGGUGCUCCCAUGAAAGGUAAAGAAACGUUUGAAGUAGAUGAGAUAGAUAAAGCUAUAAAAUUAUUUGACGAAGUUGCUGAAAAAUACAUGUAA